UGUGUAGCUGGCUUGCUUGGGUUCUCUUCGCUUCGCUUCCGGGCUUGCUUAGAAGAAGUCUGCUUCUUGAGAAAGAAAGCGCAGGAGCCCAACUAGCAAAACAGGAUGGCUCCCCAAAGGCCUCGACAGUGCGCCUAAAAUUAAAGACAAACUGUCUCCCCGCAACGUUUGGAUCCAUCGCCGCCUCCGAAAAGGAGGAACACGACGAGUCGUCGCUCAAACUUGUCGCUACUGGCCGCUGACAACUGAACGUAAACAGCUACAUGCUAAGCAGUUAGCUACACUUUAGCACGUUAGCUUCGGAGCUAACCUGCUAACUGCACUCAUAGACGACUUCGGACGAUUAGCCCCUCGGGCUAACCGCCUCUGGACGUGGAGCGCGAAGCUUAGAGGGGCGUCGCUAGCCGGCUAACCUGCUUGCUGGUGCUGGUGUUUUUCCUCCUUGCCCAGUGGCCUCUCACUUCAAUUUCUCUCUCCGUCAAGAACCUAAGGAAGGAUUUGCCACAAAGACAAUCCCCCCCCCAACCCAUGUUGUUUUUGGCGACGCUUCCUUGUCGAGUUUGGGAGUGGGUCCAUAUCACGGCAGCACAGGCACUGAGUCAGUGUCCUUAAGGAAAAAGUCCUAGAAGAAAGUGCCAAUCGAGGGACAGGAUGCCUAUUCCCCCUCCGCCCCCUCCGGGACCCCCGCCUCCCCCCACCUUCCAUCAGGCCAACACCUCUCCUCCCAAGCUGAGCUCGUCCGGAACUAAAGGCAGAGGGGCCCUGCUGUCGGACAUCCACAAGGGGGCCAGGCUGAAGAAAGUGGGCGCGGUCAACGACCGCAGCGCCCCCAUCAUCGAGAAAUCUGGCGGAGGUGGAGGAGGAGGAGGUCCAAUGGGGAUGGGGGGCCUCUUCCAAGGAGGCUUGCCAAAGCUGCGACCAGCUGGAGACGGUUCAAGCGGCGGCUCGGUGGGCAGGUCCGCCCUGAGACCGCCAGGGUCACGGCCCUCGGCGCCCCGCCCUCCAUCGGGCCGCUCGUCAUCGCCGUCACCGCUGGAGCAGCAGCGCUCUCACCGGCCUUCUCUGCCCGACAUCACCCGCCCCCCCAACACCGGCGGAGGCUCGUCUUCAGGCGGCGGCAUGAAGCACAGCACAUCGGCCCCGCCCCCUCCGCCCCCCUUCAACCGGGGUGGCCGCAGCAACGCCCCGCCCGCGCCCAACCUGAAAGUGUCGGCGUCCUCGGCGCAGAAACCCCUGCCGCCCACGCCCAACCGAGGUCCCGCUCCUUCCAACGUGCUCAAAAACGCCCUGUCUUCCAGCCGGCCCCCCACCGGCGGCUCCUCCGCGCCGCCACCACCGCCGCCCUACAGGAUGCACGCGCCACUCUCCAACGGGCCGGCCCAGACGGACGGGGGCGGCGCCCCGGAGCUGCCGCAGAGGCACAACUCUCUGAGCAAGAAGCACACGGCGCAGGGGCGAAACCACGCCCCGCCCCCGCCGCCAUCCUUGUCAGCUUCCCCGCAGGUCAGCCGACCUCCGCCCCCCGCCAGGGAGCCGCCGGGGCGCAGAGCAGCCCCUCAGGCGCCUCUUUCCAACGCCCGCAACGGCAACCGCGACGCCCCUCCGCCGCCCCCGCCGUACCGCGGCCACAGCUCAGCCCCGACGGAGUCGGCGGGCCGGGGGCCCAAACCUCCGCCCCCGUCCUCCUUGCCCUCCCGCACCCUCGGCGGAGCCCCACCGCCGCCACCGCCCAUUCGCAACGGACACUCUACCGGCUCUACCCCCUCCAAGUUCAUCAUGGACGAUUUUGAAUCCAAGUUCAACUUCCACCCCAUGGAGGACCUUCCACCUCCGGAGGAGUAUCGCCAUUUCAACAAGGUCUACCCCAGUCAGAGUGGCAAGGGCAUUUUGCGAGGAGCCCCCCCUGCUCCACCAGUGGGGAGGUGAACGCACGCACCUUAAAGCUCAACACCUGAACCCAGCAGCCAAGCGUCUGGUCUGGUGUUGUGGGGAAAGAGGAGGUCCACUCACUCACACACACACACACACACACACACACGCAUACACACACACUGCACCAGCCAUGUGGACUAGACGAGAAGAGAAGAAACCUCAUGAGACUUUUUGAUGUUUGUGUUUCUUUAACCUUUGAGGACCAAAAAAGAAAAAGUCUUCACAACUGCACAUUCCCGCUUUUGAUACACUUCUUUUUUUUUUUUCUUUCUUUUGUCGGGUGCCAGCAUUGAUCUUGUGGGACACACACACAAGCAUGAACAUGCAUGAAUGUGGGCUCUCUCUUUCUUCCCUUCCUUUCUUUAUUUUUUUUCUGCUGCUUGAUUUUCUCCGUCGCUCCAGGCUGCGCUUGGAACGACCGCAUCCAUGUGCCAAAGGCGGGUGGGGCUUAAAUGAUGGCAGUCCCAAAAGUCAAUUGUUGGAUGCCUCAUCUGCUCGUUGAGUUUCACAUUCCGAAGGGUGUCCAGUCUUUUGGGGGGGAAACUUGUUGAUUCCUGUUUUGAGCCCCUUCUUUCUAUCCCCUCCGUCUUCUGCGCUUGUUAACAUUUGGAGGAGGGGGGUGGGGGAUUUCUACUACAAUUUUUAUGUUGCACAUUGGCCACCAGAGACGCAUGAUGCCCAUUUUUGCACUUGCGGCACCGGGACAUUGGUCAUAACUUAGAACUUCAGAGCCAGUGUCUCACUUUUGGAAAACCUGCGUUCACUGGGCCGCUUUUUGCCAGUUGACCGUAAAGGGAUAGUUUCAAGAAAAGGGGGUUGGGGGGGGGUUGCCGGCGUCCAUCAGCCAGGAAGCGACCCACAGCUGCUUUUACUAUGCAAGAAUUUGUACAGGUCGUAGUUGCUAGCAGCUAAUAAAGAAGAAACACUAAAGUGCCAGAGAGAAUGUAGAGGGCGGAGCGUCUUUGUGUCACUUUUAACGAUCAUUCAGCUUAAAAGGAAAAAAAUAAAAUAAAAACCGAUUCAGCUGUGAAUCCACAAGAUGAAAAAACACUUCCAGAUGGGGCGCCCCCUGCUGCUCGUCAGUUGCCUUACACGGGUUGUGUCCCAUAACGGUACCUGUGCUAAAUUUAUUUUUAUUUAAAACAAUAUUGGAAUCUAUUUGCAAAUGUAUAUUUACACCAUAGAAUACAUUAAUCCUAGUUACCAUUGAUCUAUUUUUGUGCUGUACAAAGAGUGUAAUAUAGGAAAGUUCUAACGCGGAGCAGCGUGCACCGAUGACGUCAUCGUCUUCAUUAUGAUCAUCUUCAGGGUCACUCUGGUGUCACAUUUGCCGCCUCACGGUUUUUUUCUUGUUAAUCAGCCAUGUUUUUAUCACAUGAAAACGUUUUGAAUAAAAUUAUUCCUAUUGGGGAAAAGGGUA